AUCAAUUCACCAUCCGAAACCCUAACGUUCCUGCUCCACAGUCUAGUUUUGGAUCUUUCUGUUCCAAUGGCAAUCACCCGAUUGUACCCACCACCCAUCAAGAUCAAAUCUCAGCCGGUUUGCAAGUUUUGGCUAAUGGGUCGCUGCAAAUAUGGCCCCAAGUGUCGGUUUCUGCACCCUGAGGAUCAAUCUCCGGCGACCAUGAUCAAGGAAGUCAUCCCUUCAAUGGCGGCAACAGAGAAAGAACCCCCCAAAAAGGUCACGAUUAAGAAGAAAAUGCCCCCGACGGUCAAGAUUAAGGAACCCCUGAAAGAACCCUACUCGGGGCCUUUCUCCAAUCUGACGAAUCUUCAAGGGCACAAGAAAGAUAUUACUGGAAUCGUGCUUCCGAUAGGUUCCGAUAAGCUCUACACAGCCAGUCGCGACGGAACAAUGCGCAUCUGGAAUUGCAACACUGGGGAGUGUGUCGCUGUUUGGAAUCUUGGAGGGGAGAUCGGUUGCUUGAUCAGCGAAGGGACUUGGAUUUUCGCCAGCUUGCCGAAUUUAAUCAAGGCAUGGAAUGUCGUCGACGGCAAGGAGGAGCCUAUUUGUCUGAAACAUUCGUUGGGGCAAGUUUACGCCAUGGAAGCCGAUGGGGAUUUACUCUUCUCCGGAACCCAAGAGGGCUCUGUCUUAGCUUGGAGAGGCAGUUUCGAAGCUAAUCCGUUCAAAUUGGUCGCCUCUCUAAAGGGACAUUCAAAGGUGGUGCUCUGUUUAACAACUGGCGCCGGAAGACUCUAUUCCGGCUCCAUGGAUCAUACCGUUCGAGUUUGGGAUCCGAAGAAUUUCGAAUGUCUCCAUGUAUUGAAGGAACACAGAGGGUACGUGACAUCUCUUAUCUGCUGGCAGUCUUUUCUGUUAACAUCUUCACUGGACAAGACGAUCAAGGCUUGGGCCCUAAACGACGGAGGCCGUAUGGAAGUUAUACAUUCACGGUCGGAGGAAGACGGCAUUGCUGAACUCAAGGGUAUGGGGGAUUCAGAAGGCCAGCCUGUUCUGUUAUGCGCUCUCAAGGACAGCUCUGUUCGUGUGUACCAACUGCCGUCUUUUGCAGAGAAGGGUAGAAUAUCUUCCAGCAAAGAGGUGAAGGCAAUGAAAACAGGGCCUGGAGAUCUUUUCUUCACCGGGAAUGGGACGGGCACGCUGGCUGUGUGGAAGUGGACGGUGGAGCAGCCUAGCAAGGCGGCUGCCUGAUUGAUUGAGCAAAAUUGAAACUCCCAAUUUUGUACUGCAGUAACACCACGUUGUAACCUCUUACAAUUGUAAAUACUUUCUGUUUUCUUGGAAUGCACUGAUUAUGUUUUCAAAUUCAUAUGAGGUAUUAUUCACAUUUAUCUGUUUGUAUCCACUCCUGUUAUUGAUUUUUUUUUUUUUUGGGGGGAUAAAUCUAUUACUGAAUU